AUGCCCUCUCGCUGCAGGAAUGCGCUGAACAUCGUGAUCACCACCCUCUUUGCUGCGGUGGUCCUCUUCGCCAUCCUGCUGGCCUAUGUGACAGGUUAUCAGUUCAUCCACACCGAGCAGCACCACCUCUCCUUUGGCCUCUAUGGUGCUUUCCUCUCCCUCCACCUCUUUCUCCAGAGCCUCUUUGCCUUUCUGGAGCAUCGGCGUAUGAGGAGCCCCGCCCGGCCUCAGCACCUCCGCCGCUCCGUGGCCCUCUGCAUCGCGGCCUACCAGGAGGACCCAGACUACUUGCGGAAGUGCCUGCGCAGUAUCCGCAGAAUCUCCUUCCCCAGUCUGAAAGUGGUGCUGGUGGUGGACGGUAACCGGCCCGAAGACCACUAUAUGAUGGACAUCUUCCAGGAGGUGAUGGGCGGGGCCGACCAGGCCGGCAGUAUGGUGUGGAAAGGAAACUAUCAUAGUGAUGGGAGUGGUGGAGGAGGGGUCGGAGGUGAAGGGAGGAGCACGGUGCAUAUGGAGGAGGCCGCUCGUGUGGCCCGGCUGGUCCGAAGCUGCCGCUACUCCUGUAUCAUGCAAGAAUGGGGAGGGAAGAGGGAAGUGAUGUACACCGCCUUUAAAGCACUGGGGGACAGCGUGGAUUAUGUGCAGGUGUGUGACUCGGACACAGUUCUGGACCCAGCAUGUACCAUAGAGAUGCUAAAGAUCCUAGAGGAAGAUCCGAUGGUGGGAGGGGUUGGUGGAGAUGUGCAGAUCCUCAACAAGUAUGACUCGUGGAUCUCUUUCCUGAGCAGUGUGCGCUACUGGAUGGCCUUCAACAUUGAGCGGGCCUGCCAGUCAUACUUUGGAUGUGUCCAGUGUAUCAGUGGUCCUCUGGGGAUGUACAGGAACUCCCUCCUCCAGCGUUUUCUGGAACCCUGGUACCACCAGACUUUCCUGGGCUCCAAGUGCAGCUUUGGUGAUGACCGCCACCUCACCAACAGGGUGCUCAGCUUUGGCUACAAGACAAAAUUUACUGCACGAUCGCAGUGUCAGACGGAGACGCCAACCCGCUACCUGCGCUGGCUCAACCAGCAGACUCGAUGGAGCAAGUCUUACUUCCGCGAGUGGCUCUACAACGCUCUGUGGUUCCACAAGCACAGCCUCUGGAUGACCUACGAGUCUGUGGUCACUGGCUUCUUCCCUUUCUUCCUGGUUGCCACGGUCAUCCAUCUCUUCUACCGUGGAAGGCUCUGGAACAUUCUGCUGUUCCUGUUGACGGUUCAGCUGGUCGGUAUGGUGAAGGCCACCUACGCCUGCUUCCUCCGAGGCAGCCUUGUCAUGAUCUUCAUGUCGCUCUACUCUCUGCUCUACAUGUCCAGCUUGCUCCCUGCCAAGAUAUUCGCCUUGCUCACCAUCAACAAGGCGGGAUGGGGCACUUCAGGCCGGAGGAAGAUCGUCGUCAACUUCAUUGGGGCCGUGCCCGUCACGGUGUGGGUGGUGGUGCUGCUCGGAGGAGUGGCCUAUACAAUCUACUGUGAAACGCAGGAGCCUUUCAGUGAGACAGAGAAAGCAUUGUUAAUAGCGGGGACAAUACUUUAUGCCUGCUACUGGCUUAUUUUGCUGGUGCUCUACCUGGCCAUUGUAGCCAAACGGUGCAACAAGAGAGAAGAGCAGUACCACCUUCCAUAUGCUGAGGCAUAA